AGCCCCAGUCACACUGCGUCUGCAGAACCCGGGUAGCAAAAUUGCAGGCAAGAGGCAGAGAGCUCUUAGAUCGGAGGGUGCGGGCAGGCGGUCGGCAGCAGAGACCAGAAGGCUAGGAAGCAGACUGGGAAGCAGGGGUAACGGAAGGCAGGGGGACAGGGCAGGGCUUCCAACCCUUUUCCCUGUCCCUCGGUACAUCCGAAACCCUUUUCCCGAGCCCGUGCUGAGCCCCUCGGGAGAAGCAGCUCUUCUCCUCUUCCUCCUCCUCCUCCUCCUCUUCCUCUUCCUCCUCCUCCUCCUCCUCCUCCUCCUCCUCUUCUCCCCGGGAAUCUCUCCCUUCGCCUCCAACCCCAAACGACGCUAAACCUAGCGCUCCUUCCCCGCCAGACAGAGACAGAGACGGAGACAGACAGAGAUAGUCGGAGAGCGAGGGCUACAUCCCUUUCGGGGGUUCUCCCUGCCUUGCCCCAGCCUCUGCCCCGUCCCUUCCCCCUCCCCUCGCCCCGUCAGUGCAGGCUAGGGAUCUCCCGCCCAAGAGAGCUCCGAAGCGCUCUCCGCCGCCGCCGUGCCCGUCUGACCCUGUCUCCCCUUCCUCGUGCCUGUCCGGCGCAGGCGGCACGAUGUUGGCGCACAGGUGGAGCGGAAUGCUGGCUGCGCUCGCGCUGCUUUGUCUCGCCGGCCGCGCGCAAAGCGAAACUUCUGCGAACAUGACCCAGGUCAAAGAGAUCGUGGACAGGCUUCUGAAAGGGUACGAUGUCCGUCUCCGGCCUGAUUUCGGAGGAAACCCUGUCACCGUUGGGAUGAGCAUCCACAUCUCCAGCAUUGACCAGAUUUCGGAAGUCAACAUGGACUACACCAUCACCAUGUAUUUCCAGCAGAGCUGGAGGGACAAGCGCCUGGCAUACAGUGAUUUUGAUUUCAACCUGACCCUGGACAACCGUGUGGCUGAUCAGCUGUGGCUCCCUGACACCUACUUCCUGAAUGACAAGAAAUCCUUCCUGCAUGGAGUGACUGUGAAGAACCGCAUGAUCCGUCUCCAUCCUGAUGGGACUGUCCUGUAUGGCCUCAGAAUCACCACCACUGCUGCCUGCAUGAUGGAUCUUCGUCAAUACCCCCUGGACCAGCAGAAUUGCACCCUCGAGAUUGAAAGCUAUGGCUACACCGUUGAUGACAUUGUGUUCUACUGGCAAGGGAAUGACUCGGCUGUGACUGGGAUGGAUACGCUGGAGCUGCCUCAGUUUACCAUCAUGGAACAAAGACUGGUUACCCGAGAAGUGGUGUUUACCACAGGUUCAUACCUGCGCUUGUCACUGAGUUUCCGGAUCAAGAGAAACAUCGGCUACUUCAUCCUGCAGACUUACAUGCCCUCUGUCCUCAUCACCAUCCUGUCCUGGGUCUCCUUCUGGAUCAAUUAUGAUGCUUCUGCUGCCAGGGUGGCACUAGGUGUAACUACAGUGCUCACCAUGACCACCAUCAACACUCACCUUCGGGAGACCCUUCCCAAGAUCCCAUACGUCAAGGCAAUCGACAUCUAUCUCAUGGGAUGCUUUGUCUUUGUGUUCCUGGCUCUUCUGGAGUACGCCUUUGUUAACUACAUCUUCUUUGGACGUGGUCCCAGUGAGCAGAGCAGGCAGGCUGCCAAACGUUCCCAGUCCCAGGGAAAACGAGGCAAAGGGCGCAGAGGUCCCCAGGUGGAUGCCCAUGGAAACAUUGCCUUGAGUGUUCUGGAGAUGACCAAUGAGAUGGAGGAGUCUGAAGCUGACAUCUCUGGGUUUCAGCUGCGCAGGGGGGCUGCUUCUCGGGGUGCCCUCAGCCAGCCAAUGGAGCCGGCCAUCAGCCCCAUCGGGGGUCGCCGCCGCCGCAGCUCUGGGUGCCGCCACCGUGGUGGUCGCCUCCGCCGCCGUUCCUCCAAGCUGAAGCUCAGAAUGCCCACCCUGAAUGAUGUCAGCGUGGUGGAUAAGUGGUCUCGGCUUGUCUUUCCUGUCACCUUUGCCUUCUUCAACCUCUUUUACUGGCUAUACUAUGUCAAUUAAGUCCCCAGGACCUCUCGGGAAAGAUAAUUAGGCAAUAUGACCCGGGUGCUGUGGUCCUUUUUCCUUUGCUUUUCCUUUUGGUGCCAUUUUCCUCUCUUCUUCCUUCUUCCAUGAUUUGGUUUAGUUUGGUUCUAGACUUCUCUUCAGCACAUUACAAAUACUGAGUGUUUCAAGAUAGGAAGAGGAGGAAGAAAGAGUGUGUGGAGUUGGAAGAGACUAGCACCUCUAUUUUUCUUUGGGAACUUCUGACUUUUCCAGAACAUUCUGUUUAAGAAAAAGUCAUUGGCUUUGAAAAUGAGCUUGUUUUCCACAUCUUCCAUCUUUUCUUCAUCUAGUUCCUGAGUGGAACACCUAUCUAGUUGCCUGGCUGGACUCUCUGAUUUUUCAGCAGGGAAGUUGGUGAGCAUCUGUCUCCUAAAUUGUCAGGAAGAGGGGACAACACCCAUUGGUGAAGAACAGAGUAUAAGAAUUAGCUGGUUUGUAGGGACUUGAGUUCUGAGAAGGGAGGGGGUAGUUCAAAGGCUGAUUGGUCUGGUGCUUUGGGAGAAUAACAAGGAAGAAAUGGAAAGAGGUCUGAUGUUAGAAUUUACUGGAGUGACCAACGGUGUUGUCCCCUCUUCCUACUGUCCCACAACCCAAGUCACAAUGAGAGUAGACAGGGGCCCCUAGCCUGCCCCAGUAAGCUCCCAGAGUGGCAUGGGCCUCCUCUACAGGCAGCAUGGUUGGCAGGACGUUUGAGUUAAGAGGGAAGCUAUGACAGCCAUCUAGCUAACCCUCACUCAGCUUUGUAGAAACCAAAAUGAGAGGACCAAGGGGAAAUAAAAGCAGACAAAUACUCAUCUAAUUUCUUUGAGAUAAGGCUAGCUUCGUGUUCUCUUCCUGCCAGCUGUGGAAAUUUUGACUCUCCCAUUUAAUGGGACAGUUUUCUUUUCCCCAGCAUCAGAGAGUCCACCUCCCACACCCCCAAAUAGACCUCGUGAAUAUUGACUUGCAAAAAAAAAAAAAAGAUGAAAGAUUCUAAAACCUUUCCCUUCUACUCUUCUCUCUUGUCUUUUCCUUAUUUUUCUCUCUCCCUUAGCCAUUUCUCAGGGUUUCUCAAGAUUUUCUCCUUUAUGUCUUUGUCACUUUCCCCUUUUUGGCAUUCUGUUUUCACCCAGUGCCCUGGUAAAACUAAAAUGGUGUCUUAAGUAACAUCCCAAAUGCAAUUAGAAAAAAAAGGAAUUCAGAGGUGGGCAACUCUGUUCAAUCCAUAGUACUAUGUAAUGUGGCUUUCCCCUGUCAAAUUCCAACCAGCUCCUCACAAGAGAACUUUCCCGAAGGCCUGAUCUUUUCAAGCAGAAUUCCUUAAGCAAGUACCUUUUUGAGAGUAACCAUUGUCUUACGUUCUAAACCCUGCCUGGCAAAGGCCAAAAGCCAGGUGGUGACUGCUCGGUAAUUCGAGAUGGCCUCUGAAUUUUGCUUUUCCCUCUCCCUCUCUCCCUCUCCCUCUCUCUCUUCUCUCCUCUCAAUUUUUGAUUACCUAUGGUCCCUAUGCCACACAAGAAGAGACGAUCUAAAAAUGCCAGCCCCUUCCCCGCAGAAAAGUCCGGGGCUGUUUGCAAAGGGGCAUCCUAAGGGCAGUUGGAAAUCUGGCUGCUCUAUAGGAGCUGGGACAAGAACCAAGGCCUUCUUUUCCCCCCCAGGCUAAUUGGUCGUCUCGGCAUAAGGCAUUAUAAAGGUGCUUCUUCCACCCCCCUUCAAUUUGAGUGCAUUAUAUAUAGGGGUUUCUUUUUGUAUUCCAGCACUCUUUGGGGGUGGAUCAUCUUGUGCUCUUCUCUGUGGCCUCCUUAUUUCUAUUUUUAAGCAGAGGUGAUAAACCCUGCAUGGGCCUCUACCCCUGAGGCAGGGACCAAACCCCUUAAGAGGAGAAGAUAAUCCCAUCCCCGCCCCCUGACCCCUUGUAUCGUGCUUUCUAUUGUCCAAGUGUUUUUUACAUGCUUGAUCGUAUUUAAUCAACUUUGUGAUUAUAGUCCACAUUUCAAAGACUACAAAGUUUUAAGGCCAGGCUCGCCUGAAGUCACACAGGAAGUUAGAAGCAGAGCCAAUAGCAGAACCCAGUUGGACCUUGUGACUGACUCCCAGCCUAAGGUUGAUUCCAUUAUCUCUGCUGCCACCACUGAGGAGCAGCAGCAGUAGCUACUACAGCAAGCCCAAGGUUCCCUGACCUCUAAAACACCUGGGAGUUGGCCCCUAGGAAUCCCUGAGUGGAGAAGGUUGUGAUCAGAGGUAGACUUGAGCUCUGGAAGGGGUGCCAGGUGAGCUCAAAGCCGACAGGAAUCCAAGGGUGACUGGAUGGAAAUCCUAGGGGUUCAAGAAUCCAAGGGUGAGAGUAAUGUCUGCACAUUCAGACUAAUGAAGGGUGGCAGGAACCUAGACCAGGGUUAGCCACAAUUCCAGCAAAAUGACCGGAUCUACAAACAAAGCAUUUGGUAAGAUUUUCUAUUCAAGCUCAUCUAAAACUGUACUCCUUGGCUUCAAAGACAAAAGGGAAUACAUGACUCAAAAUGGCGCUCGGGGGCCAACUGUACUGGCUCCCCAAGCUUCUUGCCCCAAAACCACUUGCUCCCAUCUCCUAGUCUGCUCAGCCACUCACUAGACUCUCCCUAACCAUGCUGCACUCCCUCAACUAUUAACCAACAGCCUUCUAGGCUACUUUCCUUCACCCCUACUUUACCCUCCCCCCCCACUCCAUGUUUGGUACAGGUGCAUGUGAAGAAUGAAUUCACCCCCACUCCUCUGCUGUGUGUGUGUGUGUGUGUAUCACCUGUGAGGUUUGUAUAUCAAGGUGACUGUACUUGUGUGUCUGGGCAAUGUGUGCCCAUUGUCCUUGAGUCAGUAUUUUUGAGUAUCUAUGUAUGUGUGUGUUUCUAUUUGCCACGCACAUUUGCCUUUGUGUGUGAUAGUGCGUGUGUCUAUAUCUGCCAUGCACCUUUAUCUUUGUGUGUAUGUGUGUGUAUGAGAGAGAGAGAAAAAAUGUGUCUAUCUACCAUGUACCUUUAUUUGUAUGUGUGAGAAAGUCUGAGGGGGGUGAAAAUCUGUGUGAGUUUGUGUGUAAGAGUCUGUGUGUGUAUGAAUCUGUGUGUGAGAGUCUGUGUGUGAGAGUGUCUGUGUGAGUGUGUGUUUGUGUGAAAGUCCAUGUGUGAGAAUCUGUGUGAUUGUGUAUGAGAGAGAAUGUGUGUGUGAGUGUGUGUGUGAGAAAGUCCAUAUGUGUAAGAGUCUGUGUGAUUGUGUGUGAGAGAGAAUGUAUGUAUAAGAGAGUGUCUGUGUGAGUGUGUAUGUGAGAGAGCCUUUGUGAGUACAUAUGUGUGUAUCUCCCUCACUCAAAGUUGCAGACAUAUACCAGAUGGUCAAACACAGUGUAAUGUGCCUGGAUCUUUAAGUGAGAGAGAAGGGGUGUGUGUGUGUGUGUGUGUGUAUGUGUGUGUGUGUGUGUGUGUGUGUGUUUUUAAGAGAGUGCUGGAGUGCUUCUCCUAGUCUGGCAAGUGAGAGACUGUGUGCACACUUAGGCAUGACGUGGUAAGUCUGCAUCACACCAUUGAGUCCGUGUGCGAGUACUUGUCUACCAUCUGUGUAUAGUGAUCUGUCUGUGAGUGUUUGUUAGAAUGAUUGUGAGAACUAGCAUGCCUGACUGAGAUCAUGUGUCUCCCCACUCAGUGGUUCUCAAACUAGGGACCACACACACUUUUCCCGAAACUGACAGAAAUCUCUGUCAUCUUUUUUGCAAAAGUCUCUUCUGGUGCACUAGCUGUCUCUUUCGGAUGGUGUGUCUGAAGAUACUUACCCUGCAUGUGCUUACUGGAAGCCUAGCUCAGGACUGAAGCCCAGGGCACUCGCUCCUUGUCCUCCUCUGGCUUGAGGAGCCAGUGCAGAACCCCUGAGCUGCCUAGAGCUAGAAAGUGAUUGGCUUUUGUGAGGAAGAGAGUUGAUUGAACCAGUGAUGACUCAGGUCAGUGGGUGUUGGGGCUCCUGGCAUCCAGCCAGGACCAGGUGUGGCUGCCAUUGGUAUUUCCCACUGACUGGCUAGCAUGGUACCACAGGUGAUGAUUGAGCAGACUGCCCAGGCACUAUUAGCAGGUACUGUUUUCAUAUUGUCUCAGGGGUUUCCAGCUUCGGGUGAAAGUGAGCCAAGGCUGACUGUAGGGAGUAUAUAGUUUCCUUGCUAUGUGUGGACAUAUAUGGACAGCUGAAAUGACAGCACCAACAGCUCCAGUCUUUCAAGCAAGCAGGGCCUCUUGUCACUGCUUGACCCCUUUUCAUCAUAGAGCAACUCCCAUCUUGUCCCCACAAAAGGGAUCCCUGGGGCCAACAGUAGGGCCAUUCCCAAGAGGCAAGACCUCUCUUCCUGGCAAGGCGGUCUUCACCUUGGACUCAGACCAAGGUUUUCAGGCCUGAGUUUGGGCUUUCUGACUGAGAGAGGCAGGAAGUCAAACUGAUGAGGGAGAAGAGGGGCUAGAACUUGUGAUGUGUCAGAAAUGGGAGUGGAAAUGGUUGACGGCCCAAUGAAGCAACCGAAAGGUGGAACACCAUGGAGAAUAAGGACAUGUUGUUGUCAGUUUUUAAGGCCCCAGUCACAUAGUGCUGGACAAGAAGUAUAUGGUCAGUGGAUGGGGUAGGUUUGGGGGUCAGAGACUGACCCCCUCUACUGAGGUAUGUGGACUGGAUCUCUCAGCCCACAGGUGGAUUGAGACAUAUCUGCUCUUCUGUAUCCCAAAUGGGAACCACCAGUCUAAAAGAUGGAAACACAGGACCAUGGUCUCUCUAGAAGCGGAUGAUCACUUGGGUCUUGCUGAGCCCCACAUAGCAAGCUCAGAGGACUAAAAGGUAUGGAAGCCAGGGAUGGAGAGUGACUAGAUUGGGUGGUCAGAAGAUACUUAGAGAAAGAGAAUUAGGAAGGGAGAGAACCUUGAAGGUAUGUUGAAAAGGCACAGUAAAGAGCAUGGGGAGGAGGUGGGCAGAGCCCUAGAGAAGGGGUUGUGUAUAUAGUCCCCUUAAAUAAGUGUCUUAUUUUUGUUUUCAUGUCGUAGGCCAAAUAAACCCAAUGUUGUGUGUUGAGGUUACUGGGGCAGCCCUGGGCUGAAUAAUGUCUUAAGAAAAAAGGGACCCUGGGUCCUCUGACUCAUGGGCCUUAAAGGAUGGAUGACCUUUGUUUCCCCCAACAGGAGAGUAGAACAUGGUGGCACAGACUGGCAUUUCACACACACACACACACACACACACACACGUGCGCGUGCGCGCAAUCUCACUCUCUUGCUUGCACACAUAGCAUGGUAGACACCACUUUUAAUCCAACACCUAGCCAUAAGCCAGUCUAGGGCAACUAAGGAGAUAUCUGUAGGACAUUCAAAAAGCUUCACAGGAAAAUCUGUUCGAGUGGCACACUCUGCCUGGCCCCAUCCGAUAAGGAUGUGACAAGAGCAGAAGGCCUAGGACUGGCUGUUCAAAAUCAGUCCAUUCAGGCACCUUUAAGAUCAAAAGAGACUUGCCAUUUUGGCCACUCCUGAGAUUCUGCAUCUGGUCACCAUUUGGGGGGUGACAAAGGGUGGUUCUUUGGGACCUAAGGACAGAGACAUUGCCCUGGCCUACUGGUUGCUGAGUCCCUCGCCCCACCUUCCUGAGGUUGGGGAACAGGGCUCAAGUUGGAAGAAAGAAGGAACCUCAGUUUCCCCUGUCUUUUUAGAAAGAGGUUAACUACUCAGGUCUUGUACCUAGUGCCCAUUUAAUUGUGGUGAGCUUUUUUUAUGAGCACAUGUUGAUAAGCACGCUAGCUCUAACUAGGGUCUAGUGACAUGAGCAAGAUGGAGCAUAGCACUCUGACCUCAAAGGCAAGAAAUUCAUCAAGCCAAGAACAAUGUCUAAUCCAGACCCACCUUGUGCUGGGGAGACCUGAGGAGAAAACACAGCUACAGAAGAUUCAAACCCCACCACUGGGGAGAGCUCCCACUUGAGUAGGUGAGCUAAAGUAGACACACACGCAACAAACAUUCCAAACACAGGGCAGACCGGGAUCGGUGCCCCACGACUUCGACAGAGACCAGGGCUUUGAGUAAUUUCCAGAGAGACAGAAGUCGCUCCAGAAUGGAGUGGCCAAGGAAAGAUUUGCUUUGUAGGGUCUAAGACAGGGGAAAAACAACUUGUCUUUAGGCAACGUUUCCAUUAGGAGCACGGGGAAGGCAGUAAAGGGGGAAUCAGAGUGGAGGGCCCCAACAGCCAGGCAGAGGAAGUGGGCUUGGAUCCUCAGGCAGUGGGGAGCCAUUGAAAGUUGAGUUUUAGGGGGAAAGGAAAGCGUGGAUCAAAGUGAUGUUUUAGGAAGAGGACUGGAAUGGCGGUGCUUAGAAUGAGUAGGAAGAUGAGACAUGGCUUUAGUCUACACAGUGAUGUGGUGAUGGAGGAACUUCAUGCCCUAAAUGUAUUGGACAGACACACUGAGCCACAGACUACCCAAAUGAAAGGGACAUUUGGCACUGACUGAGCAGACAGACCCUCCCCCCUCCAGAUGAUCAAAGGAAUUUGAGAGGGACCAAAUCUCCCCUUCUUUUCUGUAGCCAACGUGGACUUUGUCAACACCUAUUGGACCCUAAAUGCUAUUUCCCUGAAGGGAUUCUACAUACCACCGAGCCGGCUGGCAGACCACCUUGGGCACUCUGUGCCAUCUGUGCUGGUCCUGAAGCCAGGCUACAUCUCCCUGCUUAGUAACCACAGCCAGACAGCCAGAAUUCAGGGCAAAUCUGGGUUGUCCCUGGCAAGGGAAAUUGGUCUUAACAACUCUUGGACUAACUGGCAUGCAAAAACACAAUACAUGCGAUUGAGAAGCAAAGAGGAAUACUUUUACUUCUUCCUCUUCCUCUUCCUCCCCCUCCCCCUCCUCCUCCCCUCCCUCCCCUUCCCUCUCCUCCUCCCCCUCCUCUUCCUCCUCCUCCUCCUCUUCCUCCCCCUUCCCCUCCUCCUCCCCCUCCUCCUUCUGCCUUUCCUGUGUCCCUUGCCUUUUCCUAUGUUUCCUAGGAGGGGCUCCCAGGGCCCCUCUUCCCUAGGGUGGCUGGGGCUGCAUUCAUAUUCCCCCCACACACCCUCUUACCCACCCCCAGCUGUGAGAGCAGCUGAUCUGUUGGGUUUGAAUUGAACUUGUCAAAUGUAUCUGUAAAAUCUAUUCAAUCCUCUUGCUAAUCACAAAGUGACUUUGCCUCUGCAUGUUCCAAGCCGAGUGUUGCUGAGAGAAUGGCCUUUUCCAAUGACAUUUCCUUGUUCUGUACAGAAAAGAACAAGCUGUCUCUGAGCUACCCACCUGCACUGGUAACCUGGCAGUGGGGAUGGCAGUUGCCUUUUGGAAAUGGGUGACAUAGCCUAUAGACUGCUAUUGAAUGAACCCCUCUGGGAUGCCUCUGAAAGCAGGCUCAUCCCAUGGGAUUUCUAGCACCAGAGGACAGUGGGUGAUUGUGGGUUAUGUCACACUGAUGGGUUCAGACUUGAGAAUGCCAUGUGCACAGCGCAAAUAGGCCCAGUCACUAUCAUCAACUCACCCUCCGGGAAACCUGAGGGUCUCAAACUGCCUGCCCUGGGACAGUUUGGGCCUCAAGUGGCUCUGGAGGGGAGGCAAGAUGAAUUGUAUCUUGCCUAUUCAAACUGUAGAGACUGGCAAGAGGGAAUGAGUGGUAAAAGUUGCAAGGCCCCGGCAUGCCAUCCCACUUGGGCAAAUGCCAGCACUGGACAGCAUAGUCCAGACCCAGAUUGACUACUCUGAUGCCCAAAGGAGCAAAGCAGCCUGGGAGAGCAAGGAAGGGUGCUGCCACCCUAAGGUGUGGAAACCAGAGAAAGCAGUCACUUGGUCUGCCCCCAGCCAAGUGACAGGAGAGGCUGCAUUGCAUUGUGUACAGUGUUACCAAAAGACAACUACAGCAACAAGGAACCAACACAGCCUUCUUUUCUUUUUCUUUUUUUUUAAGACAUAAAAAAGAAUCCUUAGUUUGCAUCUUUGCAUGAAAUAAGACCUUGCUUAUCUUUUUCACAAGCUUAACUGUGUGAAAGAUAAGACAAGACACUUAACAUUUCUAGCAAAGGAAUCCUACCUAUAUACCAUUUUGUAAAAAAAAAGACAAAAAAAAGACAAAAAAAUUCAGAAAGCCCACAAGUGGCCUUUGGAGCCAUUUUGUUUACUCUCCUGUGAGCAGGCCGGCCUUGCCAUCUCCUGGGGUGGGGGGUGGGCACCAGGGAGGG